GGAUUUGGCCCCCUGUCGGAUUCAGGGCCGCGACUAUUGGAGGGGAACUGCUGGUUGCGCAUGCAGCCCCUCCGGUUUUUUUUAGGGAGCCGCAGUCGCUGCUGCCGUGAUGGUGAGGGCGUGGGCCUGGCUUUUGCUGGGGCUCUUCGUCGCUUCUGUCACCUUAGGAGGGAGCCAACGGUUCGCCCCUUACCCCAAAAUCUACAACAAGACCUUUAUCAAAGAGUAUGUCGACGCCCACAACAAAUUCCGGAGCCAAGUCAAGCCCACCGCUAGCAAUAUGCUGUACAUGUCAUUUGAUGUAGCUUUAGCUAGAAUAGCUGACGCUUAUGCAAAGAAAUGUAUUUGGGAACACAAUGAAGUCGAUAUGAUCCACCCAGAUCCUAAAUUUAAGCCUUUUGGAGAAAAUUUGUGGUCGGGACAUGCUAGCAAACAACCUUUUAAUAUUACUGCUGCCAUUGGAGGAUUUUAUGAAGAGAUGGAACACUACAAUUUCAGUACCGACAAAUGUACAGGCGUAUGUGCUCAUUAUACUCAGGUUGUUUGGGCUUCUUCUUAUAAAGUUGGCUGUGCUGUUGCUUUCUGCCCUAAAGUGCUCAAAGGGGGAGAGAAUAUGGGAAUUCUAGUGUGUGAUUAUGGUCCAGCGGGCAACUAUAAAGGGACCCGUCCUUACAAAGCAGGAAAGCCAUGUGAUGAGUGCCAAGCAAAAGAUACAUGCCAGAAUAAUCUCUGUAGAAAUCGAAAACGUGAUCAGGAAAAUACCAGUUAUGCACAUUGGUAUCCACCAUUAUAUAGCUGUUGCGGUUUUAAGGACUUUGUUAAUGUUUAUAGCAUUUGUAGCUGUUUAUUUCUUGAAAUUCUCUUAUCCUGGAUUAAAUUUUAAAAAAAUAAUAUUUCCUAUUCAUGUAACUUACUAAAACAUUCCUAUGAUUUCUAUUUUUUCAAACUAAAUUGAUACCAUUUAAUUGUUCUUAUGAUACUUUGAACUUUUCUCUUGUAAUAAAAAGCCAUAUUCUACAUUAAGAAAAUGUUCAAUAUUUUUAAAUGAAGUAGACACCAUUACAAAAUAAAACGAGUGGAAACUACUUAAUAUUGUUAAUGAUUAUGUGGGAGGAGAGACGGUUAAUCAUCUUCAAAACAAGUUUGUCAUAGUUCACAAGCUGUAACUAAUAAAUGCUUUUGCAAUUUAUGUAAUGCCUGAUAACUUUAUACAUACUAUAGUCUCACAUGUCUAAUUCCAAGAGUUGGAAAAAGUUAUUUAAAAGGAUGAGAGCUCCCAGAAUUCCCCAACCAGUAAGGGAUGCUGCCUGAUGGAGUCUAAGGCCCCUUCCACACAGCUGAAGAAAAUCCCACAUUUUCUGCUUUGAACUGGAAUAUAUUGCAGUGUAGACUCAGAUAACCCAAUUCAAAGCAGAUAUUGUCCGAUUUUCUGCCUUGAUAUUCUGGGUUAUAUGUCUGUGUGGAAGGGCCCUAAGAGUUUCAGUUUGAAAAGGUGCAUUCUGAAUCAAACCUCUACUAUUUCUUUUUUUUUAAUUUUAAUUUUUAUUAAAUGUUGAAAAUAACAAUAAAAUCCACUUUAAACCUUUA